AUGGCGGCGCUGCCCGUGCCGCGCAAGCGGAGCGGCCCUGCGCUCUGCGGGGACAGCGGGGCUGCGGCCGCCCCGCCCGCGCUCCGGAGCGGCCUUCCCCCGCACAAGCGCCCCAAGAGCGCCGUGAUCGGGAUCGUGGAUCCCUUCGGGGACAGUGAUGACUUCACGGCGGACGAUUUGGAGCAGAUCGACAUCCUGGCCUCGCAGGCGCUGUCGCAGGAUCCGCCCGCGGGACACGCGUGGGGAGCUCCGGAGCUGCCCCGGGCCGGGCGGCAAGCAGGAAGCAGAGCAGAAGAUGGUCUGAUGAGAGAUACAUUCCAGUUUGAAGUGCUGCAGGCACAGCAUGAAGAAGUCAAACAGAAGCUGAAAGAAAUGCAGGAUGAAAUUCUCACUAAAAAUGGAGAAAUUAAAAUUCUGCGUGACUCAAUGCAGCAGAUGGAGUGUGCUAUGGAGGAACAGAAAAGAUCAUACCUGCUACUGGAACAGCAAAAAAUUCAGAUUUUAAGUGAGAAAGAAAAAGAGUUCUCCAAAAAGUUACAGUCCUUGCACUCCGAGCUGCAGUUCAAGGAUGCAGAAAUGAAUGAAUUAAGAACACGACUUCAGAACUGUGAAAGAAAUAAACACCUUUCUCAGGCAGUUCCAGCAACAAGCCCUAAAAAGAAUCUUGUGGUACAAGUGAAAUCAGAAGGAUGUUCUCCACAGCCAGGAAGAAGAUCUUUUCCUACAAAGGAAUCCUUUAAUGCUGAAAUGACCACCAGGCCAUCGUGUUCUUCAGGAAAUUUGAUGGCCUUGACUACUUCAAUCAAAGAAGACAGGAAGAUAACUCAUCCUGAAGACUCAUCCCUGAAGCAGCACAAAGCAACAGGAAAAAACAGUUCCUACAACUCUGUCCCCAGACGAAAUACACAAGGUUCUAUUUUGCUGAAUGCACUGAUGAAGCAGCCCAUUGUUCCCGGGUCAUUUCUAGGACUCUGCCACCUUCUCAGCAGCAACUCUGAGCCUCUACCUGGAGCUGUGUUGCCACCCAACUCUUUGGAUACGAAGCCCACACAACUCCCCAGCAGCAGGACAACUCAAGAAGGAAUUGCUCCUCUUGUAUCCCUACAAGAAGCUCAAAAACUGGCGAUAACAGGACUGAAUUUGAUUGCUCUAGAUGAAGGACUACCUGAGGGAAGCCCAGCAGAAGGCCAGGGAAGGCUCCUGCCCCUCACACAGAGCAGGAUCCAAGGUGCUGUCCAUCUCCUGCCCUUGGUGGAGCACCACCUUGGGGCCUUCUGCCAAGCAGAGCAGCUCAGGGACACACCAGGGAAUGGAGCUUGUGGGACACACCCAGCUGCUGCUUCCAGAGCCAGCACAAACACGGUGUCAAGCAAGGAGGACUUCAGGUCAUCCCUUGAAGAAACUGCUCUUGUAUCAUUGGGGAUCCUUUAUUAUUUGGUGUUCUACAGCUGGGAUGUUGUCCACACCUUGCUGUGUGCUGAAAUGGACAAAAGUUCUGCUGCUGGAGAUGAACAUGUUUCCAAGAUGGACAAAAACGGGUUGUGUGACAAUCAGUGUGACAAUAAAGAAGACAGCAGGACACAGGAUCCUCCCAAUACUGAUGGAGCUCAGCAUUCUUUGUUUAAAAAGCUGCUUCAGAUUUUAACUUUUUCUGCUGCAAGGGGCUCCCAGACUGACAAUAUCCUGAGCCAAAGCCUAAAGGUUUUGGUGAAAUUAGCUGAAAAUUCAACUAUGGACUUGUUAAUAAAUUUCCAGCACUUACUGAGUAGCCAGGUACUGCAGCGCUGCCUGCACCCCGAGACUCCUCUGCCUGCAGUGCUGCUCACUGUGAGACUCCUGUGUGCUCUUGCUCAGCACCACCUGCUGGUUGCUCAACUCUGUUCUCAUUCAGACACCUGCCUUCUCCUUGCACUCUACAUGUACAUAACAUCCAGACCAGAUAAAUCAGCACCUGAAAUGCUUUGGCUUCAGCUGGAGCAAGAGACAGUCAGGCUCCUGACACGCUGCAUGUGGUGCUCCAGACCAGCAGUUUUAUUUCCUGGCACAGACUGUCAGUGCAACCUUGAGGUGGUUAAGGCACUAAUUGUGAUGUUGCACAGACAGUGGAUGAAGAUUAGAUCUGAGACCAGCUUGUGUACACAUAAGGAACAAGUUAUUCAGUUUUUACGGGAUGCUGUUUUACUCUUGCACAGCUUGUCUCAGAAAGAUAAACUGUUCCAUGAACACUGUUUAGAAGUUCUCCAUCAAUAUGACCAAGCCAUGCCAGGUGUAAGAGCCGUUCUCAAAAAGACUGAAAAACUGAGUGCCUCUGAAGAGCUGAUUUUGGAUGAACUGUAUCCUCCUGAGCCAGAAGACCAAGGAACAGACUUUAGCUAGCCAAGAGGAAAGAUAUCUGUCCUUCUUCAACUGAAUCAACAUUGCCAAUGUAAAUGUGAACUUGGAAUCAUCCUUUUCAGUGAUAAUCUUGGAUUGCACUCACAGCACAACUAAGGUUUCUUUGCUGUAAUUAUUUCAGUGCUAUCUAAAUGUAGCUGAAAGCAAUUUUGAUGAGAGAGUGAUAGUGCAAACCCACUCAAUGGCUUAUGACUGGUUCUGGUUAAGAAUUUCAUAUGUAUGAAACUGCUGAGAAUGGAAUGGAAAUUUCUCUCUAUUCUCCAUUUUACUGUGACUACAGCUGAAUUUAUGAUGCUGAAUGUGCUGUUUGGCAUCAUUGCAUUCAUAUGAAAGUCUUCUGAACACACUUGUUUCUUCUGUACUGUACCACUUCCUUGUGUGACUUCCAGGAUUUUCAUAUUGCUCAUAUUAGUAAACAGUUUAUGGUGAUUUUAAAAACUCUUCUAGAAGUAACUUAAGAGAGGGCUUUGAAUUUCUUGCUGAGGAUUGGUCACCUGAGCUCAUUUAAUUUAAUGAAUCUGCUGAAAGUGUAAUUACUGAGAUGCCAAAAAAAUACUAGAGCUUACAUUUUAUAAUUCCCCUUAAAAGAAUAAGAUGAUACUGUUGAGGAGUGCAUCCUAGGCAAGAGCAGGACAUUUAAAUGUAUGCAGAAUGGCUGGGGCUUUGGUCAUAGUGAAGAUGAAGGAGCAUCUCAUUCCUAGGAUUCAGCACCAAAGAUUGGAGGAAGAGCUGCUGCCUCACCCUUUGAAGUGUGCAUGAUCCUCACUGUCACACGGGGCUGCAGGUCAUCAGCUGAGCCUUAGACUCUAAAAAGUGAAGUGUGAGUGGUACUGAGCCCACAGGUGUGUGUUUUUACAUGGGAGAGCUCUUUUCAAAUUUCAACAGGGACUUGGUAAAGAACAAGCCUGGAUCCAGGAACCAGGAGGACAAGAGACUGUACAAGAGUGAGAAGGAAGCUUUUGGAAUAUUGGGAGACCUUCUGUUCUCUGGUCAUGUCCAGAGAGGCUGUGACCUGCACUCCAGUGUGCUCAGCAAGCUCCUGGCUUGGCUCUUGCUUUGGAAGAGAACUUUCCUAGAAAUGCCUAUGCAGGAAAAACUGGGACGAUAAUCCAGCAUCUCCCAAGGGCCAAAGCUCCUUCCUCCCCCCACCCUGGGCUCAGCCUCCUCCUCUCUGAGCAGCAGCUGCACCAGGCAGGGCCAGGUCGUUUCUGUGAAACACAAGCUGCCAACUGCUCCUCUCAGUAACAGGUUUCAAGUGCCUUGUAACCUCUGGAAAACUGCCAUGUUCCUGUUGAAGUGCACCAAGGAAGGAUGCACAGGCACAAAGCAGCAAAGCAUUCCAAGUCUGUGUGUGCUUGCAUGGUCACAACCCUGGAACUGUCACCAGGCCCUGGACAAGACAAGCUGCAGAUGUUGGUGUGACAAAAAACAUUUGACUUGUCCAUGUAAAAUAAAUAAAUAUGCAAAUAAACA